AUGGGACCGGGUUUGAGGAAUCAAAAUGGCAAAACCCCGGGCAUCAUCGCCUCAAGUGGAAAAAUGGCGGGAAACGAAAAACUAUUUCUUAGCAAAACAGUCUGGAAAGUCGGGGAAGAAAUCAGCCCGAUCUUAGAGCUGAGUCUGUACAAUGACUGGGUUUUUGAGUUGAGAUAUGGUUUUGGUCUUCUACUGUAUGGUUUUGGAUCCAAGAAGAGUUUGAUUGAAGAUUUUGCUUCAACAGCCUUAACUGAUUACAGUGUGAUUGUUGUCAAUGGAUAUCUUCAGUCGAUCAAUCUUAAACAGGUAUAUAAUAUGUUGUUUAUAUUUACACAAUUAAAAAUGCAGCUCUCAUACUUUUGUGUCUAUGAGAAAGAUGCAGCCACAAAAGUUGUCAAAAUUGCCAUUGCAAUGGCUGAAGUACUAUGGGAUCAGUUGAAAAUGCAACCAAAAGGAUUGCAUCAUAAAGAUCAACAACCAUUUGAGGGUUGCAACCCCUGAGCUGACCCAUACUGUCCUAACACAGAAAAGUGUGUCUGUAUACGAUUAAUUUAGGUGUCAUCAUUUAUUGGGGGUUGCAUUUUGAGCGGAAUUGUUGGGAGGUAGGAAUUUGUGAUAUGAAAGAUGAUGUAAUGGUUAGGUUUGAUACACAUGAAUUGAGUUAAAGGUUUGUUUGUGGCAUUUUCAUAUAAGUACUACAAUCAUGGAAAAAGAAUAGGUCAUCUUGUGGGCAUGAUAGGGGACCAUGAGUUGGUUAUCAUUUCAUUCAAUGGUAUGUCUACCUAAUGAUUUGUUUGCAGCGGAUGAAUUUGAGAUCAUGUUCAAUGUGUUAUGACAAACAAAUGGAAAGACUAAGAAUUGUCAUGAGUGCUGGUUAGGUC